AUGAAUGGCAGUGACAUCAAGAAGGCCGCCAUCAGCAAAGCGAAGCAAGCAGUGACUGCUGCGAAUAAUGCUGCAAAUGGUAACGGAGGAAAGAAGAGGAGGAAAGGCGGAGAUCUGAAGCCAAUCAUCACAACAGAGGAUCAACAAAACGCAAACCCCAGUCCGCAAAGCGCCAAUAAUAUGAAUAGCUCCAGUGCAAACAGUACUAAUUCGCCAUUGUCUCACCUCAAACCCCAGCUAAGCCGCUCAUCGUCAUCGUCGUCCUCCCGUGAUGAUGCUACAGAAGCCACAGCCGAAGAAGAAGAUGCAGAAGAUUACUGUAAAGGCGGUUAUCAUCCCGUGAGCGUUGGCGAAACCUUCAAGGAUGGCAGAUACAUCAUUACACGGAAGCUCGGAUGGGGUCACUUUUCAACUGUCUGGCUAUCUCGCGAUACUGAGACUGGAAGGCAUGUCGCAUUAAAGGUUGUCCGGUCAGCAGCUCACUACACGGAAACCGCUGUUGACGAAAUCAAAUUGCUCAACAAGAUCGUGCAAGCAAACCCAAAUCAUCCUGGUAAAAAGCAUGUCGUUAGUCUCUUGGAUUCAUUCGAACACAAAGGGCCAAAUGGGACCCAUGUAUGCAUGGUAUUCGAGGUUCUAGGAGAGAACCUGCUGGGUCUGAUCAAGCGAUGGAACCACCGAGGCAUCCCCAUGCCUCUCGUCAAGCAAAUUACAAAGCAAGUCUUGCUGGGCUUGGACUACCUUCAUCGCGAAUGCGGCAUCAUACACACAGACUUGAAGCCCGAAAACGUUCUGAUCGAGAUUGGUGAUGUGGAACAGAUAGUCAAGACUUUCGUUAAAGGCGAACAGACAUCCGACGACAAGGAAGACAACCGCAAUGGUCGCCGAAGAAGAAGAACCCUCAUCACAGGCAGUCAACCUCUUCCAAGUCCUCUUAAUGCGAGUUUCAGCAAUUUGGAAAAUUUGCGAUUCACGAGUGGCAUGGCAGGGUCACACAGUAGCUUGAACCAGAUGAUAAGCGAGAGCCCAGCUUCCGCCACACCUCCCAAAUCCAUGCGAGAGAUGCUUGGUCUUGCAGAUCCUAGUCCUUCCAACACCACCGACGACGACCAGAAACACCAAGAGAAGACUGCUGAGAACCUUUCCCAAACCAUAUCCGGUAUUUCCCUAAACAAGUCUGCCUCUCCAAUGGAAACAAGCCAAGAAGAUGUAGCAAGAGCUAUGGACACUAUAUCGGUCAAAAUCGCAGAUCUGGGAAACGCCUGCUGGGUCGGACACCACUUCACAAAUGAUAUCCAAACCAGGCAAUACCGCUCUCCAGAAGUCAUCCUGGGCGCCAAAUGGGGGGCAAGUACGGAUGUUUGGAGCAUGUCUGCUAUGGUCUUCGAACUAAUUACAGGAGAUUACCUCUUUGACCCUCAAUCUGGUACUAAAUACGGAAAAGACGACGACCAUAUCGCCCAAAUCAUCGAGCUCCUUGGUGUCUUUCCGCGCCAGCUUUUCAUGAACGGCAAAUGGUCUCAGGAGAUUUUCUCUCGAAAGGGAGAACUCCGAAACAUUCAUCGCUUGAGGCACUGGGCAUUGCCGGAUGUAUUAAAGGAGAAAUACCACUUUAGCAAAGAGGAGGCAGAAAGCAUUGCCAAGUUCUUGGUCCCGAUGUUGGCUUUGUUGCCGGUGGAUAGGGCAAACGCGGGAGGCAUGAGCGCAAGUCCAUUCUUAGCAGACACAAAGGGAAUGGAACAUGUCAACCUCAACAUACCGGUUGGGAGCAAAGGAGAAGGGAUUGAAGGAUGGGCGACGGAGGUGAAGAAGCGGUGA